AUAUGCAACCUCAUAUACACCCCACGUAUUUAUGUUGCCUACGUAAGACAAUUUUUAACAUCGAGUCUUACCGCAUUCCUAAAAAAUAAGCAUUACCUCAUCACGACAAUUUUAACCCCUCCUUUUUCUUAAAUCCUGACCUCCAAUAUAAAUUUAUUCAUUUCGUAUAUUGAACGAAUAAUUCCUAGCCAAAAAUAACAGUGUGUGUGUAUAUAUUAUUUAUAAAAGAUCUAAUUUAGUUCCCCAAUUAUAAAUGGAGAAUCCCAUAGUAAAACCAGAUGUCCCAUAUAAGGGUAAGAUUCCAGGGGGACUGGUACCAGGACGAAUGUGCAGGAUUCAAGGAGUAAGUCAUCCAGAUUCAGAUAGAUUUAACAUUAACUUCCAAGUAGGUCCGAAGCCUAGUGAUGAUACGGCUCUCCAUAUUUCUGUACGUCAUAAACAAGGUUACAUUGCUAGAAAUUCUUAUAUAAAUGAAGAAUGGGGAGAAGAACAAGGAGAAGGCGAACUACGAAUCGGAGAAGCAGAAUCUUGGGAAAUCAUUGUACUAGUUGACGAAAGUGACUACAAGAUAGCUGUAAACGGACAACAUUUCUGUGAAUUCCCUCAUAGAAUCUCAUAUACUAAAGUAACUGAUCUCCUAAUAGAUGGAGAAGUUAGUAUUACUCUUAUUUCUUGGGAAGGUAUCAUGGGAUUGGGAGCUGGUGAUAAUGUUAAAAAAGUAUCUCAAACUGACAACCAACAAUGGAGUCCUCAAGGUGGUAAUGGGGCUCCGCAGGGCGCAUAUUAUCCUCCUCAAGGAGGUUAUGCACCUGGACCAGGAUAUGGACCACCACCACAAGGUUAUGGUCCAACACCACCACAAGGUUAUGGUCCGCCACCACCACCAGGUGGUGAACCUCAAUCUUCUUUUGAUAGUUUUUUGGAUGGAGCUCAAACUCUACUGUCAGGAGCUAUUAAAAGCGGAGCUGCUGGAAUGCUAGUAGGGAAAUUAUUGGGAGGUGGUGGAAAUGAUCCUCAGAGAGGUUAUGCUCACAAUAACGCAAAAUACGGAAUUUACCCCGAUCUACCCCAAGACACAAACCUAAACAUCAAUCAAGCCCCGUCUAAAGGACCCCUUGAGCAGUUGCUUUCAGGCCUUAUAGCUGGUGGAGGUGCUGGUCAACAACCAGGUACCGGUAAUCCAACUAGUACCGGCACUCCUGGUCAACAAGGUCAAGUCGAUUACGCUGCUCUGCUUACUAACCUACUCAGUGGUCAUCAAGAAUCUAAAGUAUCACAAGCUCAAGGUGCUCCACAAGGACCGGGUAAUCAACAGAGUGGACCCGAUAUAGGUAGUUUUCUGUCUGGUUUGUUAUCUAGUCACAAUCAACAACCUGCAGGUCCUCAGCAACAACCCGUAGGUGGUAUUAACCAACAACAUGGCGCUCAAACACAACAGCAAGGUGCUGGAGAUAUUGGUUCACUUCUAUCAGGUUUACUUUCUGGCCAUAAUCAACAAACAGGAAGUCAAAGUCAACCAGGUUCACAAACUCACGGUGUUGAUUUCGGAGGUUUGUUGACGAAUCUUCUAUCUGGUAACGCUACUAGACCCAUACAAGAAACUGGCACUCAUCAUUCCACUCCUGCGUCUAAUACAAGAGGAACGCAAUCUCAAGGAACAGAUUUUGGUUCUUUACUUUCAAACCUAUUAUCCAGCGGUUCACAACAACCACAACCAGGUUAUAAUCAGGGUACUGGUGGACAUCAAGGUCCUGGUCCACAACAACAAUCAUCAGGAAUAGAUCUUAACUCACUAUUAUCAAGUUUAUUAUCGUCUACUGGUGGUGUUCACCCUCCUUAUGGUGGAAUGUCGCCUUAUGGUAAAGGAAACCCAGUAUAUGGUGGUCCAGCUAGUGGUCAACCUUACCCAAAUCCUCCCAUGGGUAAUCAACCAUAUACCGGACCUCCAGCUGGUAAUCAGCCUCACUCAGGUCCCGCUGCUGGUAACCAUCCCCAACCUUACAGUAGUCCUACUGGAAGCUCUCAGGCUUACAGUGAUACCCCUACCAGUGGUAGUGGAACUUAUCCAUCAAGCGUUGGUCAAACUGGAGGAGUAGGAAUUCAAAGACCUAACUCAGCUCCGAAACCUGCUGAUACUCAUUUUGAAGAUGUUAGCGAUCAAUUAGAGCAGGAAAUGGCUCGGCAAGGUGGACACGUACAGUAUAGUGCUCAACAGUCCCAAAAAGGUCAAGAAAAUGAUGGACAACAAUAUGGGUAUUAUCCUCAUCCACCGGAACAGCAGAGAGGUCCUGUUGAAAAUUUACUCUCAGGACUGUUGUCUGGAGGUCAACAACCCCAUCAACAACCACAUAUACCACAAUUUGGAGGAGGUGAAUCUGUUGGAGGGUUAGGAAGUAUGGGAGGACUGUUACAAAAUUUCGCCGGACAAUUAUUUAAUCCAAGGGACGGAAAUCAUCGUCAAAACUAUUGAAGUUAUAUAAAUAGGGAAAUUAAAGCUUGAAAGCGCACUUUUUUCUUUGAGAAUAACUUUUUUUAUUGCAAAUCAAGAGUAUUUGUGUUUCAAGAUCUAGUUCUGUAAGUUAUACACAUUAUCAAAUACGUAUUUUUUUCAGACAGUAUUUUUAAAAAUCGUUUUAAAAAAAAACAAAGAAUCUCUAUUAAAAGAAACUCGUUAAUGAAUACAACUAUUCCUUCCUAAUUGAAAUUAUAUACAAGGUGUGUUAUUAACAACAUAUUUAUUAUUUAUGAUAUUUUUAAUGUACAGGGUGUCCAAAAAUUCCAGUUAAACGUAAACUACAGAUAGUGUUCUACUUACAAAGUUCCACUUACAAAUUAAACUGUUGUCCUUUGUUAUCAAAUUCAUCAGUUUCCUUAUUUUUAAAAUAAUGAUAUUAUAAAGUUACAUGACUGUUAACAAGUACUAGCUGAAACUGGUUCUGAUUUGUAAUGAAGUUAUAGGAAUAAGCAGGGUGAUAUAUUCCUCUCCUAACUCUGAUGGUGGAAAAGAAGAAGAAAUCCCUGUUUCUGAUUGCGACUUAUUUUGUAAUAGUUUCAAACCCUUUUGAGUACAUUUUGAAAAACCAUCCAUAAUUCAUUCUAUAGAACUAAACCGAAUGCUCUGAUCAAGUUGAAGAUUAGAAUUUCAUUUGAUUCCUUUUCCGUAGAGUGUAAAUAUCAAAACCACACCAUAUUUCUCCGAAAUGACUUUUAAAUUUAAUCUGAGCUUUCAUUCGAGAAUAUUUUAAUCAAGAACACUGAUUAGGGGGCUACUAUAUUCCCUUUUGUUACCUUUUUAUAUAAAUUGACAUUAUUAUAUGGCAGCUAUCAGUUGUUUGGUAUAUUUUUCUUUGUUCUGGUAGUUCUUAGUACUUCUAUGAAGAUGAUUUGUCAUAUAUUUGAUAACUUUGUGUGGGAUGUUAUCAACUUUAUUUUUUCGGUGACCCCCAUCGAAGAAAUUAUUUUGUAAAAUUUAUCACUCUACAUACCAAGUUUGUGGUAGUUUUUUUUAUGUCUUUAGAAACUUUACUAACUUCUCCAAAGGACAAUCUCCCUUUUUAAGUAACUUAUAAGUAUAUAUAAAUUAGGUUGUAUGGACAUACAAACAAAUUUAGUAAUUUCGAGUUGUUAUCAAGUUCCUGGACAUCCUGUAUAUAUUUUAUUUGUUUAUAAGAUCGAAUUAUUUUUUUUAAAUCACUGGUAGCUUGUUGAACUAUUUAAAAAAUUGUUAAAUAUUUAUAUAGUUUAUAAUAUCUUCUCGAAUUGAAGGUCGAUGUAAUUCGAAAUUGUAGAAGCCUUGCUUGUGAAAUUCGAAAUAAACCACUAACAUUU